AGGGAGGUGCCAAACGUCAAAGUCAUACGGCACACGCCACGAUAUCUCUCCUCCUCGUCUCUUCUCUCGUGUUCUACAGAUAAAUAUAAAACGGAGAGAUAUCCCUUUCGCUCUUUCUUUCUUCUCUUUAUCUCUGUGUUCUCUCCCCGGACGAGCCGAGUCAUUUCGUCAUUGCACGAUACUGCACCUGCAAUCAGUAAUCGAAAUAUCAGUAUUCAGUAAUAUUUUGCAGAAAAUUUCGAGGAGUUUAGAAGAGAUGAACAAAGGAUACUUCUGUUGAUGAUUUUCGAAAUAUCAUUGUGAACAAUGAUAGAAUCAAGUCUUAUCACAUCCAUGGAUGACAUUUUGUAGCUGUCGGAACACAUUUUAAAUCCUUUUUUAUAUUCAAUUCAGUGAUCGCCCAUUUGCAUUUUGGCGUUUAGAAAUGCCAGCACCGCCCCCGCCCCUUUCAAACUUGCCAGAAGCACCUAUGUGUGAAAAAACAGAAGUCAAUGAUACCGAUUCUCUGCCCCCUUGGGCUAAAAUCACACUCACAUCCGCAGAGGCUGAAAUCGAAAAGCUGAUCUCACGAAAUGAGCUGAAAGACGCAGAGGUAACUUAUUUCUGUCAAGUAGAACCAAUUCUUCAAGACGGACCGCAAUGUGGUUUGGUAGCACUUGCAAUGGCAUCGCAAGAAUAUAGAAAACCAGUUUCUGUGAGUCAGCUUCUCGCUGAAGCUCGUGUUCGAGGAUUCACGCAGCAUGGAGAAGUUUACAGUGUCGACUUCAUGGGAACAUUAGCUGCGGAAUAUCUGCCCGAUCACAGACCAGAUAUCCUAGUGGAUUUACAACAAUGCCCAGAUACGUUAACUCAUGCUUUGGCGCACGGAGCGAUGGUGCUGAUUCCAUACGAUUCAGACUUUAACCAUGCUCCGUGUUUGAAGAGGGGCCACAAAGCACAUUGGGCGUUGCUCGUAGGACUAAUCUCUUCUAGACAAGGAUAUCACGUUCUGGCGCGUCAUGGUAAGUCACGUCAUCUAGCUUGUUGGCCUUUACGUGAUUUGAUCGAGAGUAAUGGCAAUUUAGAGGAGGAAGGUACAGCGAGACAUGCAGGGGGAUAUGUUAUACCAAAGGGUGGUGUUGGAGGCCAAAAGGGUUUACGCGGCAGAGCACUGGCAUUACAUCCGUACAUAUAGAUCCGUUAUAUCAAAGAAAAUUGUAGGUAAUUGAUAUAUCAUACUAAAAAAAAGAGAAAAAAUUUACUGAUACAACGUUAUUCCGUAUUCGCAUGUGGUAAAGAUUUCGAAACAUUUACAUACACAUACACAUAUACACAUACACAAACACACAUAGCUUCUGCAAGAGUCAACUAAUAAUUAUUAUGUGUAAUACGCGAUGCUUUAAUUAAUAUGUACAUUUAAAUUCGCGCGAAAUAUUUCACGCAAUGUUAGUCACGUUAUUUACCAAAAAGAAAGAGCGUCCGGCGUCGGAAAUGCGAUUGUAUAAGUGGCAUUAUUUUCAUUUUACUCGAAUUAUAUAUGAGAUGUAAAUAAGAAUUCCGGCAGACCGAAAUAUGUGCACGCAAUCAAAUACGGACGAUCGUCUUGAUAUAAUAUUAUGUCCCUAUUAAAUCGAAUUACAAAAGCGUACGCAUAUAUGAUAAAUGAUAAGACAGAUAAAACACGUAAAGAUGUUCACAUAAAUAAAUAUAUACAUAUAUGUAUUAGUAAGAACCGUUGUCGAAAGUCGUGAUUCAGAUAAGAAGAUCUAAGUAUAUUUCUUUAAAUAGAAUACAAGUAGAGGAGAUUUUCGAUAAUGAUUGUGAUUUCCGUCUUAUGUUGGUGCAAUAAAUAAAGAGUAAAUCUAUUAUAA